GAUGCACAGUGCAGGCGUACAAUCCUGAGCAGCUUACGACACUCAGUGAACACUGGGUGCCUCUGCAUGCUCUAGCAACACACUGCUCAGCUGAAGGGAAGGGAUUCUUGCUGUCUCUCUCUGCUCUAAGCAUCACCUCACAAGCAAAGCGAACAAAGAAUGGGAAAUAAAGCUGCCCUUAGCCGGUCAGUGAAUGAAUGGUAAUUUCUCUAUUGGAGUAAAGGUUGUGCCGGUCACUGGUCGUUGCAAAUGAUGGACAUUAAACAGAUUGACAAAUCCUGUGGAGUCGUUAGUAAAGAGUUUGGAGUUUUUUUCACGCCACAGUGUUAACUGCAGAGGAAAGGACAGAGGGAGAAGGAGAAGAUCAAGCUCAUGCACAUAGUUCUGAAACUUGCAGGUCCUAGGAGUCAGCUAAAAAGCUAGCUGGACAAGCCUUUCGCUCUUUGAGCAGAAGCGAAGUGAGACAUUGUGAGCUUGCCAGCCUUGCACAACAUUGAAAGGGACUGAAUUUGUAGCACAGAGGGGUCUUUUUUAGCUCUGCAUAUAAUUAGUCCAAACACAAAGGAAGCAACUGAAUGGAGGUUGUCACUCUCUGGAAAAGGAAUUUGAAAAGAUUCAAUGGACAUUCUCAAGCAAAUUUGGAAAUAUUCUUGCUAAUGGAUUUCCUUCUUAUUGGUCUCUGUUUAAACUGGCUGCUGAGGAAGCCCCCGGGGUUGAUAUUGUGUACGCUGGGUAUCUUUUCUAAAAUGCUUCCAGCCGUGAAUAGUGGGUGUCCACAGCUCUGUCGGUGUGAGGGCAGGCUUUUGUACUGUGAAUCACUGAAUCUUACAGAGAUGCCUCGCAACCUGUCGGGCAUGAUGGGCUUGUCUCUGCGGUACAACAGCCUUUCAGAGCUGCAUGAUGGACAGUUCACAGGGUUAAUGCAGCUCACGUGGCUCUAUCUGGAUCACAAUCACAUUUGCUCAGUGGAGGGGAAUGCCUUUCAAAAAUUGCGGCGAGUUAAAGAGCUCACCCUGAGUUCCAACAAAAUAACCCAACUGCCCAACACCACUUUCCGACCCAUGCCAAACUUGCGCAGUGUGGAUUUAUCAUACAACAACCUACAGUCUUUGGAGCCCGACCUGUUUCACGGGCUGAGAAAACUGACAACUUUGCACAUGCGGUCGAACGCCAUCAAGUUCGUGCCGGUGAGAAUUUUUCAGGACUGUCGCAGCCUGAAGUUUCUAGACAUAGGAUACAAUCAGUUAAAGAGCCUGGCUCGAAACUCUUUUGCAGGCUUGUUCAAACUCACUGAGCUGCACCUCGAGCACAAUGACUUGGUGAAGGUGAAUUUAGCCCAUUUUCCCAGGCUCAUCUCCCUGCACUCUCUCUGCUUGAAAAGGAAUAAAGUUACCAUCGUCGUCAACACCUUGGACUGGAUAUGGCAACUGGAAAAAAUGGAUCUCUCCGGCAACGAAAUCGAGUACAUCGAACCUCAUGUUUUCGAAAGCGUACCUCACCUCAAGUCCCUGCAGCUGGACUCCAACCGGCUGACCUACAUCGACUCCCGAGUCCUCGACUCCUGGAAGUCCCUCACUAGCAUCAGCCUUUCUGCCAACGCCUGGGACUGCAGCCGCAACGUUUGCGCCCUGGCCUCCUGGCUGAGCAACUUCAAGGGUCGCUCCGACAGCAACCUGCUCUGUGCCACCCCGGAGUACGCCCAGGGCGAGGACGUGUUGGACGCGGUGUACGCUUUUCACUUGUGUGAAGAUGACCCAGACCCAACCAGUGCCAACACCUUCGCCCCGGUAACCAACGACAGCGACCAAACGUCCAGCUACGGCUCAGCCACCGCCACCUACGACGUGCAGGACAGCCAAGGGGACCCAACAAUCUACGCCAUCACCGUCACCAUGCCUGGCGAGAACUCGGAGAAUGCCGUGCAGAUUCACAAGGUGGUGACGGGGACCAUGGCACUGAUUUUUUCCUUCCUCAUCGUGGUUUUAGUGUUGUACGUCUCCUGGAAGUGCUUUCCAGCCGGCUUAAGGCAACUAAGACAGUGCUUUGUAACACAGCGCAGAAAGCAGAAGCAAAAACAGACCAUGCAUCAAAUGGCUGCCAUGUCAGCCCAGGAGUAUUACGUUGAUUACAAACCCAACCACAUUGAGGGAGCCCUGGUGAUCAUUAAUGAGUAUGGAUCUUGCUCCUGUCACCAGCAGCCAGCGAGGGAAUGCGAGGUGUGAUUUUCCUUCUGGGAUUUAAACAGUGUGCAACCAAAUAACAGCGUGCAGGCAGACAGUGGCACGGGGUGGGGGGGGGUGGGAGUUUGCUGUGCUUUGCUGGUGAUUUCUGACGUGCUCCUCUGCCAAAAUUGUUACAGAGGGGCUGUCAAAAAGACUUGAUAUUUUAGCUUUAUCGUGUCUUAAAAAAAAAAAAUAAAUCUUCAGGACAGUCAAUCUUGAGAUUUCAUAUGCUAAUACUCCCUUUGAAGAUCUGUCAAUAUUCAGGAAUCUGAGAGUGUAAAAAGGUACCAAUUAUUGAUCUUUUGUAAACUAAGAAAACUGUUUAAAAUAAAAAAAAAUAGCAUUUAUAGUU